GAACUGCUGGCUGCGCGUCCAUAGUAGCAAGUGUUUCAUCUGUGUGAAAUAAGGGAUCAAUAUAAAUUAAAAUCUUCACAUAGAACCGUGUUGUUUUCUGUGAAGUGGGCUCUUCUUCAGUCACAAUUGUGUUAGCGCACCGAACGGAACUCGGACUAUCUAAAAACUGUGUGCAUUCCACACACCAAACACAAAUGAAAUGUCGGGGACAUUCUUUCUACCUAACAAAGUGAAGUGCACUUUUUGAUCAGGACAGUGAAACAUCGCUAUGUAGUGUGAAGAUUGGGACUAAGCUCUUUUUCGCAUAAUUGUUGCGUGUUUAGUGAUGCGGUUAAGAUGAUGUGGUUUAUUGCGGUGAUAGCCGCGUCAAUAGCGGUAGCGACCGCGGAGCAAGUCCUGUUGCUCGACACCACCACGGAAGCAACAUUGGGCUGGACGCGGUUUCCUUACGGGCCCCAAGCCAGCACUCUAGGUUGGCUAGAAGAAUCCUACACUAAUUUUGAGAAGCAAAUCAACUGGCGAUCUUACGUUGUCUGCGAUGUCGCACACAACAACGUCAACAAUUGGUUGUGGACGCCUUUCAUCGAGAGAAGAAACGCCAAUCGUAUUUACAUCGAGAUCAAGUUCACUAUUCGCGACUGCUCCUUGUUUCCUGGCAAUGCACUGAGUUGUAAAGAAACAUUCAGUCUUCUGUACUAUGAGUUCGACGUCGUGACCCGUGAGCAGCCGCCGUGGGAGCCCGAAACUUACAAGUUAGUCGGACGAAUCGCUGCUGGGGAAGGCAGAUUUAACACUAAUUCUGAGGUAGACAUAAAUACUGAAGUCAAGAGCAUUGCUGUUACCAAAAAAGGUGUGUACUUUGCAUUUAGAGAUCAAGGUGCUUGCAUUUCUAUCCUAGCUGUCAAAGUCUACUAUAUCACAUGUCCAGAAGUUACUGUUAAUUUUGCAAGAUUCCCGGCCACUCCGACUGGCAGGGAAGUGACAGUGAUCGAGCAGGCAAAUGGCACAUGUGUGGAGAAUGCUGAAAUUGCACCAGGUGAGGCUGCUCCUGUUUAUUUGUGCAAAGGUGAUGGAAAAUGGACCCUUCCCAGUGGUUCCUGCAAGUGCCGAGCGGGUUUUGAAUCCGACCAUCAUAACCAGAUCUGCAAAGAAUGCCCACCGGGCAAGUUCAAGUCCCAUACAGGUGAUGAUCCUUGUAUACCAUGCCCCGACUACUCCAAAUCUACUGCUUAUGCUGCAGCUGAAUGCAAAUGUGUGCCGGGCUUUUAUCGAGCUAAGAAUGAUCUUAAAAAUAUCCCGUGCACACAACCUCCAUCGGCACCAGACAAUUUAACUGUAACAUUUGCUGAUCAGUUCUCCAUAUCAUUGGCUUGGCAGCCACCACACAAAACUGGAGGCCGGAAUGAUGUCACUUAUAGAGUUCACUGCUCAAAUUGUGGUCCGAGUGCCGAGUACAAACCCGCAGCAUCUGGACUAAACAAUACUAGAGUCACCAUAAUGGGCCUUGAUCCAGUCACAGAAUACAAAUUCCAAGUUUUUGCUGAGAAUGGUGUCACAGAGUUGACUGGAGAACCUCCGAAGAAAGUUGAAAUAACCGCUGUUACUGAAGCCUCAGUGGUCAGUGUUGUAUCAAAGUUAAGGGUCUUGAAUGUAGAUAGUGAUAAGUUGUCAUUAUCUUGGAAUCCACCUCCUAUUGAUUUAACGGACCCAGAUGAUGCAAUUGAAAGCUAUGAAGUAAAAUGCUUCCCAAAAGAUAACUUGGAGAAAGGAGUGAACACUACACUGAAAAUUACUAAAGAACCUCAUGCUGUUAUUACGGGUCUUAGAAAAGAUACUGAAUACGGAAUUAGAGUCAGGGCCAAGAUGAAGCGUGGUUGGGGUGAAUUUAGUGGAAUUGUUUAUGCCCAUACGACAAACACAGUACCAGAAACAACUUUUGUUGGGGAAGAAGAAGGCGCUCAGGUCAGAUUAGUGGCAGGCGUGAUGGUGGCCGUUGUCGUUAUUUGCGUGGUCGCCAUUAUUGUGACUGUGCUAUUUCUACGUUCGCGCGCCGACGACGAAUGCGAUAAGAAACAACCGAAUGAUUGCAAUGCUCUCAAUUACAGAAAUGGCGAAGUUUAUACUGGUCCGGAGCGGCCAGCUAAGACUAGUAGUAACGCUACAACGCCCCUCUUCGCAGGCACAGGAUCCCGGACUUACAUAGACCCACAUACUUACGAAGAUCCCAACCAAGCAGUAAGAGAAUUCGCUCGGGAAAUUGAUGCAUCUUGUAUCACUAUAGAAGCCAUAAUUGGCGGUGGCGAGUUCGGAGAUGUCUGCCGAGGUAAAUUGAAAGUGCCGGCCAGUUGCGGGCAAGAAAUAGAUGUCGCUAUCAAAACGCUAAAGCCCGGUUCCACGGAGCGAGCGCGACGCGACUUUUUAGCUGAAGCGUCAAUAAUGGGACAGUUCGAACAUCCCAAUGUCAUAUUUUUACAGGGUGUCGUCACUAAGUGUAAUCCGAUAAUGAUAAUCACAGAGUUCAUGGAAAACGGCUCGCUUGACACGUUUUUGCGUGCCAAUGACGGCAAAUUCCGGGUGCUUCAGCUGGUGGGAAUGCUACGCGGCAUCGCCACCGGAAUGCAAUAUCUCUCAGAAAUGAACUACAUACACCGCGAUCUUGCCGCGCGCAAUGUUCUCGUGAACUCCCAACUUGUAUGUAAAAUAGCUGAUUUCGGGCUGUCGCGUGAGGUUGAGUCCACCGCUGACGGCGCGUACACGACACGAGGUGGCAAAAUUCCAGUGCGAUGGACCGCGCCUGAAGCAAUCGCAUUCAGGAAAUUCACGUCAGCUAGUGACGUGUGGUCUAUGGGCAUAGUUUGCUGGGAGGUAAUGAGCUUCGGCGAGCGACCUUAUUGGAACUGGAGUAACCAGGAUGUGAUAAAGUCCAUAGAAAAAGGGUACCGACUCCCAGCACCUAUGGACUGCCCUGAAGCUGUUUACCAACUUAUGUUGGACUGUUGGCAAAAAGAGCGCACUCAUCGGCCAACAUUCUCUAGCAUUGUGACGACUUUGGACAAACUUAUUCGUUGUCCUGAUACAUUGAGGAAAAUCGCUCAAAACCGUUCAGCGGAUCCUCUGGCAGGAGAUACACCAGAUUUGGUGCAGUUCUCGUCAGUCGAAGAGUGGUUGGAGUGCAUCAAGAUGUCUCGAUAUAUCGAGAAGUUCCGUGCAGCGGGUAUUACGGACAUGGAUGCUGUGGUCGACUUGACAGUGCACCAGUUGGCAGCCCUGGGCGUCACGCUGGUGGGGCACCAGAAGAAGAUCAUGAAUAGUGUGCAAAGUAUGCGCGCGCAUAUCCGUGUUAGUGGUCCUUACGGCUUUUUGGUCUAAGUGAACUGUAAAGUGAUAUACCAGCUGUGUGCUAUACCGCUUUUUUUUUCAAGACUUAUAUUGGACUAUGUAUGGAUUUUUGACGUUAGAAAUCUGAACUGAAUAUUAACUGUAAUGUAAAUGAUUUUAGGCUGUUCAUAUUCUUUUAUGUUAUUUACUGUACUGUUGUAUUUUUAGUGAACUUGUCUGAUACAUGUAAUUGACUUAACUGGCCUAACAAGAUCAAAUGUGUUCAAUCAUUUUCUACAGAAAGCUUUAUCUAAAUACCGUCUUCUAAGCAAUUUCAAAACAACGAAUUACAAAGCCAUUAGUUUUAAUGAAACAUACUAUUUUAUACCCCUUCAUGAACGAUAAAAAUCACAGAUUCUGAAUCAUAUUGAAAUGAUAUUUCGAAAAUUAAAUGGCUGCUAAUAUAAAAAUGUGAUUAUUAUUUUAUAGUUCUUUUUCUUUGUUAUACUUUUUAUAAAAUAUAAAUUUAAUUUCUAUUGUAUGUAAGUGUAAGUUAAAAUUAUAUAGAUAUGGAUCGAGCGGAUUGUAAUACAAACUAGCAUUAUCUUAAAAUUUGACAGAGUAACUCGCUGCUAUGAAGUAAUCUAUAAAAGAAUGAUUUGUUUUUAAUUAUUUGAAUUGACAUAUUUUUCAUGUCCCUUUGAAAUAACACUGGUUUUAAACAUCAUAAAAAUUAUUAAAUGGUGAAACAACGAUAAUUUGCUCUUGUCCUAAUAGUAAAAAAUGUGUUAUUAAUAUUACCUAUUGAUUUCUUUUAUAGAUGACUUGUCCCACGUAUUUUAUACAGGGUGUUAGUGGAAACCAUCCUUUAAAUAGAUUCAGUAUCUUAAUAGAGGUAAAGCGAUUCGACAAGUACAAAAGGAUGCAAGCUUUUGAGUAAGCAAAUUAUAAAAUACCAUCAAAACUAAUUGCAUAUUCAUUUAUAUCAUUAUUUUAGGGUACUUCGUGGUUUAAGUGACAAAGGUUUUACCCUGCCACCCUGUAUAUGUUAUCUUGAAGAAUACCAGAACAAUACAAACAUUUAGCACGUUACUAACGUCCACAUGCAGUCUCUUUUUCCCAUAUCGUGUACGCAGUUACGCACCGUGUAAAAAUAGAACAUGUGGACGCAAUGACGUGUUCUAUGUUUCAUGGUAACCCAAGGGGGGUUAUCAG